AUGAACAAAUGUUUAAUAUGUUACGAAGAUACAGAUUUUAGUUUGAAUUGUUAACAUUUUUAUUGUUUGAAAUGUUUAGUUAAGAUGAUUUAAGAUAAACUAAAAACAUUAUAAUUAACAAUUGAUGAUUACAAAUGUCCAUAAUGUAAAUAAAAAUUUUCUGUUGAAGUUUUCAAAAAUACAGAGAUCUAUAAUGAUUUAAUAGAAUAUUCUUUAUAACAUAAUUGUAUUGAAAAUUUAAAUGAAGAUGAAAUGAUUGUUGAUUGUGGACAUGAAGAUUGUAAUAAUAAGUUUAUUGUUAGUAAAAAUGCAAGUAAUCAAUAUAUUCAAUUAGAAUAUUCUAGAUGUCCUGUAUGUAAAUAAAUUUAUUGUUUAAAUUGUCGAAAACCUUAUGAAUCAAAGUGUUGUCAAUAAGCUAUUAAUGGCAAAUGUCCUAGAUGCAAGAUAUAAGUAUUUAAAGAGGAAGGUUGCAAUUUCUUAAAAUGUCAAUCUUAAUAUUGUAAAGGUUAAAUCUAUUUCUGUGGAAUCUGCUUUCUUAUUUUGAAAAAGGAAGAUCAUUACUCACACUUCAUUGAUAAUAAUCCAUACAAUGCUUGUAGAAUAGGCAAAAUAAAACCGAAUAAAUAGAAAUGUCCAGGAUGUUUAACUUUAAAUCCAUUGCAAUGCUAAAUUAUUGAAACUUUGAAGUAUUCAAAAUUUUCAUAUAUUUAAGUUAAUGUUAUUGCAAGAGUAAUAUUUGUAAGGAGAGUUUGUAUUGUUUAAGUUGUUCAAAGAAGAUUUAGAAGAAUGAAAAUCAUGAAUGCAAAUAAUGUUUAAUUAUGUGA